GUGCUGUCAGUUAGCAACAAGACGCCACGAAGCACGGUUACGUUAGAGCGUUCUCUAAAUUUUCAAACUCAUUGAUUACUUCAACUCGCCAAAAUGUUCAAAAACACAUUCCAGAGUGGAUUUUUGUCCAUAUUAUACAGCAUAGGCAGUAAACCUUUGCAGAUAUGGGAUAAAAAGGUGAGGAAUGGCCAUAUCAAAAGAAUCACAGACAAUGACAUCCAGUCACUUGUACUGGAAAUUGUAGGAACAAAUGUCAGCACAACUUUGAUUGAAUGUCCAUCUGAUGCAAAAAAGACCCUUGGUAUCAAGCUCCCAUUUUUAGUCAUGAUCAUCAAGAAUCUCAAGAAGUACUUCACGUUUGAGGUUCAGGUGCUAGACGACAAGAACGUCAGGAGACGUUUCAGGGCGAGCAACUACCAAAGUACGACGCGUGUCAAGCCUUUCAUCUGCACAAUGCCCAUGAGACUAGAUGACGGCUGGAAUCAAAUUCAGUUCAACUUGUCAGAUUUCACAAGGAGAGCAUAUGGAACGAACUACAUUGAGACCAUUAGAGUAAAUAUCCAUGCCAACUGUCGUAUCCGAAGAGUAUACUUCUCUGAUAGACUGUACUCAGAAGACGAAUUGCCUGCUGAAUUCAAACUCUAUUUGCCCAUUCAAAAGGGUAUGGCAACCAAGAAUUAGCGGAGAACCUUGAACAUACAAAAGACUUGCAAUACCAAAUCAAAUUUGUUUUGGACAAUGUACAAGAACAUUACAAUGUCGCUGGAAGACAUUUUGUGCUUCACGCAAACUCAUGGUGCGCCUUCUUCUCACUUUAGAGGAGAAAAUUGUUUUAUGAAAUUAUCUUCUUGAUAUUACUAUGAAUGGGAAAUGUUGAAUUGUUUGAAAAAUGUUUUGGUGCAAUUUGACUCAGUAAGGUUUUAGAUAUCAGGGUCCUAGGCAAAUAGAGAAAGAAGUAAAUGAAUUCAGUGUCUAGAAUUUAUAAUUAUGUGCUAAGGAGAAUAUGCUUCAGCAAACAGAUGUAUGCACUUGGAUUCAUGUAAUAACCAAUGGAUACCUUACAACUGGUUUAUGACUCGAUUUGGAGAGAAAAGUGUUCUAACAUUUGAUGUGAAAAUUAAAACAUGUUCUAUACUACUGUCCAAAUUUCUAGAUAUCAUUAGGUAGCAUUAAAUUGUUAUUUCAUUCCUCAUAAAUAUAAAAGCAAAUUCACUCUAAAGUAGUAAUGACAUCAUAGCAAUUGUACAAUUGACUACGACUUAAGCCAAUUUGGCGAUUGCUCUGAACUUUCAAUAACAAAUUGACAUUUGUGUUCAAAUAGUUAUUCUGAACCUUAAAUAAAUAAAAAGCUAUUUACAAUAUCAUUACAAAAUAUGCAAUACAUGUUCUUUUACUAUUGGGGCAUAGACGAAUUGCAAGGUGUGUAAUGACCAUAAGUUAGUGGAAAUGUUAAUUGAGCACAUGUUUACUUGUUUUGAAACCUUGUUAGAAAAUCACCAAGGAAAACAAUAUUGCACAUGGCAUUGGAAUCAAGUUACAGUAUUUUACAGACCCUAGUAUAAGAAUUGUUUUGGAAAAUUUUUAUCUUAAUUAAUUUUUUGAUUGACAAGCAAAUGUAUUGACCUCAUAUUACCAAAGGACUUGUGUUUACUUUGAUACAGUUAUAUGUUCAAGAAAAUGUUGAAACUGUUUGUGGUGUAUUUAUUUAUGCUGCAUUGCCAAAUUGUGGGUUAGGCAUUUAUUCUUAGUAAUGAACACUGAUUCAUAUAUAUUUGUGUGUGAGACACAACUUGUAUGUCAAAUGUAAUGGAUUUAAGAUUUUUUUUUCAUUUUCAAUUUAUUUUCUUUUUAUUUUGGUGGUUGUUUUAACUGAAAUUUAAUGUUGAGGUAGAUACCUCACUUGUAUAUACUUAUAUUAAUAGGGUGUAAAUAUUUCUUUCAUUCAAAUUUUAAGUACGGAAUAGCAUGUUAUGAGUCCAUGCUUAUAUUGACUUAAAGUUGCAUGUUUCUCUUGUUAUGCAUUGUUACAAUUCAUGUUCAAAUAUAUUUAUUUAAAAUUCACUUAA